AUGAUCUCUCGUCGCGGCCUGGCUCGACCGCAGUCAAUUCUGGCCAAAGCUCGGUGCUGUACCGAGACUCUCGCCGCAAAGAGGCAAUUUUCAUUGGCGCCGCCUCAGCCUCAAAAGCGUAAUCUACUUCUCACCAGCCUGCUUCAGCGCACAUCACGGCCAAGGUCACUGGCCCAAGGCGACCUGGCUAGGCUCUCCGUCAGGAAUCAUGACCGACGAUACGCCUCCACCGGCCCUCCUCCGUCUGCCGCCUCUGCAGAUGCUGCGACGACGGCUCAAAUCUCCGAGGCCACGAGGUUCGACGAGGCUCUGGAGCUGAGCGCGCAGACGCUCAUCAACUCUCCCGAACACAUUGGUUACCUCAAGGCUAUGGGGCUCGACUGGGGCUGGGGCCCUACCUCGGUCAUGGAGUACGCCAUAGAGCACCUUCAUGUCUACAUGGGAGGUCCUUGGUGGCUCACUAUCACCGCCGCCGCCAUCCUUACGCGCGCCGCACUCUUCAUGCCCUACGUCUCGGCCGCCGACAAUGCUGCACGCCUAGCCGUCGUGAGUCCCAUCACGAAGCCCAUCAUGACGAAGAUGGUGGCAGCCCAAAAGGCCGGCGACCAAAUCGCCUUUCUCCAGUACAAGCAAGAGCAGAGUUUAAUCCACCGCCGCGCCGGCAUCAAGGCCUGGAAGGCAGGCAUUCCUCUCAUCCAGAUGGUGUUGGGCUUCGGCACCUUUCGGCUCCUGAACGGCAUGGCCAAGUUGCCCGUCCCUGGCCUCGAGACGGGCGGUACCCUCUGGUUCGCCAACCUUGCGGCGCCGGAUCCGCUCUAUCUGCUGCCUAUGGCUACGGCCGCCACGCUCCAUUGGGUCCUGCGCAAAGGCGGCGAGAGCGGCGUCCAAAUGAUGAAUGCCAAAAUGAUGAGUAUCAUGAAAUGGGGCUUCCCUCUCCUCUCCCUCGUCUUCACCUCGUGGCUACCCGCCGCCGUCCAGCUACACUUCUUCGCCUCGGGCCUACUCUCCCUCGCUCAGUCCACCAUGCUACGCCAGCCCGCCUUCCGCACCGCCAUGAGCAUGACACCCCUCCCGAAGCCGAGCUCCGCGCCUUCCGCGACGCCCGCCGCUGCUGACGCCGCCCCAUCGAGCAAGAUUCGCAUGAUUAAGAACCCCAUCCUCUCCCAGUCGGAGCUUCAUGACCGCUUCCAGCCCGCUCCGACCAUAGCUACGGGCGCGAAUUCGGCCCCAGGCCGCCGGUUUCCCCGCGUCCUCAAGGAGACACUCACGGAUAUCCGCAGCACUGUGCAGGAAGUGGUCGAGGCCGGGCGUGGCCUCAUGGGCCAAACGAAACAGGAGGUCCAGGACCGACUAGUCAAGGCCGAGAAGCGACAGCGGGACAUGUAUGAGGCAAAGCGUCAGGCAGCCGAGCUACAAGCCCGCGUAGAGCAACAGCAACAGCGUCGAGAGAGUCGCGCGCUCCGCAAGGCCGCGACGGCCAGCCGAUCGCUAGGUCAGUCCUAA